AUGCCCGCCCUGCUGCGCCGCCUGCGCUCUGCCGGCUACGCCCUCCACGCCAUGAGCAACUACCCCGAGUGGUGGCGCCACAUAGAGGCCAAGCUGCGCGUCAGUGACCUCAUGCAAUGGAGCUUCAUCUCAUGCGAGGGCCCCAUGAAGGGCCUGCGCAAGCCCAAACCUGAGUCCUACCAUGCAGUGUCAUCCGCCCUGGCCCUGCCCCCCCAGCAGCUGAUCUUCGUCGACGACAGGCGGCCCAACGUCGACGCGGCGCACGCCCUCGGCUGGGGGGCGGUGCACUUCAAGGGGGCCGCGCAGCUGGAGGACGAGCUGAGGGCGCGCGGCCUGGAUUUCUGA